GACCCCUCCACCUGAACCUGAGCUCAAUGUCAAUCAAUCAGACCUCACCAUUAUUUGUAAAAGUGAAAAAUAUAAACACCAUCCCUACAUUCAAAAUUACCUGUUCUAUGAAGUCGUCCUUCAAGAAUCUCAGAGUGACACUAAACAAAUUAUUAACCUCAAUUCAAUGAAAAAUGUUUGGAAUGAUUCAGAAUCCCAGCUGAAACCGAACACUGAAUACUGCAUCAAAGCCAGAUUUAAGGCUUCAAGCAGGCUUCUAGGACUUGAGUCCAGUUGGAGUGAAUGGAGUAAAUCCAUAUGUUGGAAAAAUGAAGACAAAGAAGAACAAAGAUUUCUUUUACCCAUUUUACUCAAAACUCUGGGUCCUGUGUGUCUAACUCUUGGAGUCCUCCUCUUUGCGUUCUACAACCCUGCUACAAGAAUGAAGAUAAAAACUCUGGCCCACACACCAACACCAGCCCCCUUCUUCAAGCCUCUGUUUCAGCAACAUGAAGGAAAUCUCCAGGAAUGGCUCUCGCCGCAUGGCAAACAAGUUCUGACAUACAAAACUGAGGAGGACCUGAUACCUGAUGUUGUGACUGUUUUGCCAAAAUCCAGCUCAAAGGAUUUUGAGGAGAAUCAAGACUUCCUCAGCCUUCCAACGACCCAACUGGUUUUCCCCCUGAGUCACACCUCCUACGUCGGCCUACCCGGGAUGGACAACGCCUUCCCUCCUGCCACUUUGCUCUGUCCAGGGGAUACACCGUACACUCAGUUCCCAGGUUCCUCUUUGGGGUUCAACUUCCAAGAAAAAGAGGUCUUCUCCUCUGGUAUGAAAGAUACGCUAGAGAUCAGCCAUUGCGAUUCUGGCUGCAGCUGCGAGGACCUGACCCAGAGCCUGGAGUGCAGUUUACCAUGCAGUCCUGUCGAUGAGACUCCAACACCCAACCACUGCAACGAUUACUGCAUCCUCAACAAGACAGCCGAGGGAAUCAUUCCCAUUUUACUGUCUAAACAACGUGCCAGAGACGUUCGGUCUGAUUCUCUAAAGUCAGAGGGAUGAGAAGUUCAUCCAAGUUACCAAUGAGCAUCUGUGCUGCUCGUUGGUAACCUGGCAUAAGCCAGAUUGAUACAUGUUGUUAAUUCUGAAUUGUACACUGUAUCAAUCUGGGAAGCCUCCUGUAGGAAGUGGUUGCAAAAAGGGCGGAUAUUAGGUACUAUCGUUCGAGCAUAUUUGGUACCUGCUUCCCAUGUUGAGUUUUUAGCCAAUCACAGCAGCAGUAGCAGUUGAGAUGUAUCACAUUCUUGAUUUGUUUAUGGAAACAACUGACGAAUCAAACUCUUACCAAAUCCUCUCAAGAGGAACGCGCAAACGUCUUCCCAUC